AGAAGGGGCUCUGGAGUGGCGAGGUCCUUCGCAUCUUCCGGAUCGGUUCUGUCCAAAUUCCAACGCAAGUACGAAUCCUUGGGGGUCUCUGCAGACGUUGAAAUCCCCACUCCAGAGCCUCCUACGACGGAGCUCACUGUUCCUGAGUCUCCUGUGAAAAAAGAACACAAGAGGGAGGCCAAUUUAGCAUUUCCACACCCUUCUGUCUGUGAGUGUGGUGGAAGUAGAGGAAGGGGCUGUGUGGACGCUUUCGAAGGCACAUCCUCAAAAUGCAGAUGUAACUCCCCAACGUGCCAUCGCGUGAGAAAGCAACCCACAGCAGGAGCAAGAACAACAUGGCUGCUUCUCAGCAAUCGUUGACCUUCAGGGAUGUGUCAGUAGAUUUCUCUGGGGAGGAGUGGGAAUGUCUGGACUCAGCUCAACAGAAACUGUACAUGGAUGUGAUGUUGGAGAACUACAGGAACCUGGUCUCCCUGGGACUUUCUCUUUCUAAGCCCAUACUUGUCACCUUUUUGGAGCAAAUGAAGGCGCGCUGGGAUGUGAAUAGAAAACAGACAAUAUCUGCCCACCCAGAUGGAGAAAUGCUGGUACAACGUGUUCAAGUGUACUCCUUUGCUAUGUCAUCUGAAGACACCCAGGCCUUCUUGCAAUAUCCAGGAAUAAAAGAUUUAUUCCCUAAAAUAAUACUGAGUACAUAUAAUAGAGGCAGAAAUUAUCACUGCAAUGAUCAUUGGAAAAGCUUCAAUCAAGAGUCAAAUACUAAUAAUAAGAGAACUCAGUUUCCAGAAGAUCAUUAUAAAUGUGGAGAAGUUUUUGACCAAAGGUCAAAUCACGAUAUAUAUCGGGUAAUUCAUAUCAUGGAAAAGACAGGCAAACAAAGUAAAUGUGACAAAUCUUUUAAGCAAUCUUCAGAUCAUAUUGAACAGGAUGGUAUUUAUACCUGGGAAGAAGCUUACAAAAGUAACCCUUGCAGGAGAACCUGUAAUCCAAUAUUCUAUCUGAAUACAUAUAAGGAAAUCCAUACUGGGAAAAAAACCUACAAAUGUGGUAAAACAUUUAAUUGGCCUUCGGGUCUCACUUUGCAUCAGAUAACUGAUACUGGGGCAAAGGCUUACAAAUGUAAAGUAUGUGACAAAGCCUUUUACCAGCACUCAAAACUGACUCAACAUCAGAAAAUUCAUACUAUAGAGAAGUCUCAUAAAUGUGAAGAAUGUGGCAAAGCCUUUAGCUAUGGCUCAAAACUUACUCUACAUUUGAGAAUUCACACUGGGGAGAAGCCUUAUAAAUGUAGAGAAUGUGGCAAAGCCUUUAGCCAGUCCUCAACUCUUACUGACCAUCAGAGAAUUCAUACUGGAGAAAAGCCUUACAAAUGUGGACAGUGUGGCAAGGCCUUUAUUCGCUUCUCAAAGCUGAAUCGUCAUCAGAUCAUUCAUAGUGAAGAGAAACCUUAUAGAUGUAAGGAAUGUGGAAAAGCCUUUUCUUGGCAUUCGUACCUUACUAAACAUCAAAUAAUUCAUUCUCGAGAGAAGCCUUAUAAAUGUGAAAAAUGUGGCAAAACUUUUUAUUACCGUUGGUGUCUUAUGAAACAUGAGAGAAAUCAUAGUGGAGAGAAGCCUUAUAAAUGUAAUACAUGUGGCCAAGCCUUUAAAUGGCAUUCUUGUCUUAUUGUACAUGAGAGAAGAUUUCAUACUGGAGAAAAACCGUACAAAUGCAGAGAAUGUGGUAAAGCCUUUUAUGAGCAAUCCAAACUUACUCAACAUCACAGCAUUCAUACUGCAGAGAAGCCUUAUGAAUGUGGGAAAUGUGACAAAGCCUUCAAACGCCAUUCAUAUCUUAUUGCACAUGAGAAAAUUCAUACUGGAGAGAGACCUUACAAGUGUAGAGAAUGUGACAAAGCCUUUAGCCGGUCCUCACACCUUACUCACCAUCAGAAAAUUCACACUGGAGAGAAGCCUUAUAAAUGUAGAGAAUGUGGCAAAGCUUUUAGGCAGUCCUCAAAACUUACUGACCAUCAGAGAAAUCAUGCUAGAGUAAGCCAUUAUGAAUGUUGCCUAUUUGGCAAAGCCUUUAAUCACUCCUCAAAACUUACUUGACAUCAGAUCAUACUGGAGAGAAACCUUACAGAUGUUUGGUAAAACCUUUGCUUGGAAUUCGUAUCUUAUUAAAACAUCAGAUAAUUCAUUCUCACUAGAAGCAUUACAAAUGUGGUAAGUGUGGCAAAACCUUUAAUUACCCUUUGUGUCUUACCCAACAUGAGAGAGUUCAUUGUGGGGAGAAACCUUACAAAUGUAAACAUUGUGGCAAAGUUUUUAACCUGUGCUCAAAACUUAAUUGGCACAUGAGAAUUCAUACUACAGAGAAA